AUGCUGCCCAUUUUGGUUUUUAUUAUACCAUGCUUCUUGGCCAUAUACCUUGUGCAUUUCGUUAUCCGCUCUCUCCGCUCCCCACUUCGCACUAUCCCCGGGCCAUGGCUGGCACGUUUCACUGACGGAUGGUAUUUCUGGAACAUCCGGAAAGGCUCAUUCCAGAACGUGAACAUCGAUUUGCAUAAGAAACAUGGUAUGAAUAGUGCUAGCUUUGUACAGAAGCCUAGAUUCGCUGAUGCUGAGUCCUUGACAGGAACGAUCAUCCGGUACGGCCCAAAUCGCUACAGCUUCAACGACCUUGAGGCUGCGAAGACCAUCUACGGCCUCGGUAACCACUUUCCAAAGUCCUCAUGGUACUCGACAUGGGCAAGCCCUGGACAGUGGGCUAUUUUCAGCGACCAGUCAAUCAAACGUCACUCGCAGAACCGCAAACUCUACCAAGCAACAUAUGCAAUGUCAUCACUGGUUCAUUAUGAACCCUUUGUCGAUGAAUGCGCCGACAUCUUCACGCAGCGCCUCUCGGAAAUGUCCAGCUCCGCAACCACUCUACCUGUUGAUAUUCGACACUGGUUUCAGUGCUACGCAUUUGACGUUAUCGGGUUGAUUACAUAUGCGAAACGAUUUGGCUUUCUGGACCGUGGAGAUGAUGUUGGCGGGGUCAUCAGUGCCUUGGAUGAUCAUCUUGGCUACGCAACCCUCUGCGGUAUCUUUCCAAGUCUGCAUCAAUACCUUUUCGCAAUUAGGAACUAUUUAGCCGGUGGAAAGGGUACAGGAAGAGCCUAUGUGCUGAGCUUCACAAAUGAGAGGAUUCGGGAAUCCCAGACAGCUCCCAAGCCUGUGGCGAUGGAGAGUGAGGUCACGACAGAGGACUUCCUUACCAAGUUCCUUGCAAAGCAUGCAUCUAACCCAGAUGUGUUCACACAAUAUCACGUCCUCAUGGGGUGCACUUCGAACAUGGUUGCUGGCUCCGAUACCACGGCCAUCAGUCUUUCGGCUGUUCUUUACUAUCUGCUUAAAAGCCCGCACUGCCUGACGAGGUUGAGGGAUGAAAUCAAUGAUUUUACUGAGCGCGGAGACCUGUCCAAGUUGGUGACAUUCAAGGAAAGUCAAAAGAUGGUAUACUUGCAGGCCGUUAUCAAGGAGGCGCUGAGAAUGCAUCCUGCCACAGGUCUCCCGCUUGAGAGAGUUGUUCCUGAAGGUGGAGCAACGAUUUCUGGUCGAUUCUUCCCAGAGGGUACUAUUGUCGGCAUCAACUCCUGGGUUGCACACCGCGACACUCGCGUCUUCGGAGAAGAUGCCAAUGUCUUUAACCCUGAUAGAUGGCUUGUGGAAGAUAGCGAGAGAAUCUCCAUUGUGAAUCGUUAUUAUAUGCCGUUCGGGCUGGGCUCAAGAACCUGUAUUGGUCGCCAUGUGUCGAUGCUCGAAAUGUCCAAGCUCAUCCCCAGAAUCAUCCGAGACUUCGACUUUGAACUUGUACCAUCACUGAAACAGAACAACUGGCACACGCACAACUAUUGGUUUGUUAAGCCUGUGGACUUUCAAGUACGAGUUGAGAGGCGCCAGCCAGGCAAGUAG